GAUAGCGUGCUUCACAGUUGAGGAAGUUGGUCGCCUUGAUCGAAACAAGUGCAUGGGAUUUUGGAGUAGCUUUUUGUAAUGAACCCCAGGUCGUUGGAAUUAUUUGAGGUCCGGGUCUAACUAACGAUUAUACAGUUGCUCACAAUGAACAGUCGACUUCAAGAAAUGAGGGAGCGCCAAAAGCUACGGCGACAGCUGUUGGCGCAACAGCUUGGGGCUGAGAGUGCAGACUCCAUCGGUGCCGUGCUCAACAGCAAAGAUGAGCAGAAGGAGAUUGAAGAGACAAGAGAAAUUUGUAGGGUCUCUUUGGACACGAUGGCUUCAGUCUCCAAAAGAAAGUGCCAAGUGGAGGGGGAGGAGCCUGAGGACCUGGUGGAACAGCAACGGGAUGAGCUGGAACCGCAGCAGCCUGAUACCAGUGGUCCUUACGAGGAAGUUUACAAAGACUCCAGCACCUUUCUGAAGGGAACACAAAGUCUGAAUCCUCAUAACGAUUACUGCCAACACUUUGUGGAUACAGGAUAUCGUCCACAGAACUUCAUCAGGGACGUAGGUCUGGCAGAUCGCUUUGAAGAGUAUCCCAAGCUUCGGGAGCUGAUCAGACUCAAAGAUGAACUCAUCGCUACCACAAACACUCCUCCAAUGUAUUUACAAACUGAUUUGGAUGCCUUUGACCUGCGAGAUCUGAAGUGUAAGUUUGACGUCAUCCUGCUGGAGCCUCCGUUGGAAGAGUACUACAGGGAGUCUGGCAUCACUGCUACUGAACGCUUUUGGAACUGGGACGAUAUCAUGAAGUUGGAGAUUGAAGAGAUUUCUGCUCUGCGGUCCUUUGUGUUUCUUUGGUGUGGAUCCGGAGAGGGCCUGGACCUGGGCAGGAUGUGCCUGCGGAAAUGGGGAUUUAGAAGAUGUGAAGAUAUUUGCUGGAUCAAGACCAACAAAAACAAUCCUGGCAAGACCAAAACGUUGGACCCCAAAGCUGUUUUUCAAAGAACAAAGGAGCAUUGCCUAAUGGGUAUUAAAGGCACGGUGCGUCGCAGCACCGACGGAGACUUCAUCCACGCCAACGUGGACAUCGAUCUAAUCAUCACAGAGGAGCCGGAGCUCGGCAACAUCGAGAAGCCCGUGGAGAUGUUCCACAUCAUCGAGCACUUCUGUCUCGGCCGCAGGAGAUUACAUCUGUUUGGUCGGGACAGCACCAUACGACCAGGAUGGUUAACCGUUGGGCCCACACUGACCAACAGUAACUUCAACGCAGAGGCGUACGAAGAGUUCUUUCUGGCUUCACAUCUGUCCGGCUGCACGGAGGACAUCGAGAGGCUUCGUCCCAAAUCACCGACACCCAAAGCCAAGGCGGAGCGAGGUGGCGGCGCCCAGAGGGGCGGCAGGGGAGGAGCCACAGCUGUCAGAGGGGACCGCGGAGGACGGGAACGCAACAGACCUAUCUUCCGCGGAGAGAGGGGAGGAUUUAGAGGGCGCGGCGGCCCACACAGAGGCUUUCCCCCACGUUAAAGGAACAGUCCACCUUAUUUCAGGAGAUUGCUUAUCUGUAGUUAAGCCCUGGUAAAAUAUGAGAAUAUAUGACUUUUUCUCUAUGUGUUUGCAAUGCGUAGUUUGGCAAUAGACCCAUCUUCUGCGGGGAAAGGGGAGGAUUUAGAGGGUGUGGCGGCGCUCCACAAAGAGGGUUUCCCCCACGUUAAAGGAACAGAGAUGCAGAUACAUGCAGCCAGAGACAUUACAACAUUCUGACUUUUUGUUAAAUCAGGGCUCGGUCCAUUUGCAACCAAAAAAAGAAACAAAAACCCUAUUCGUCCUAUAACACAGAUUGCAACACAGCCAUCUUAAUUUCAUUUGUUUAAACUUUCAUGUUGAUGAAAUACCAUCAAGCUCAUUGUAUCAACCUCAUAUCCACUGAAUUGACUGCAUUUAGUCCUUUGGCUGAAAUGAUGUGGCUUUAGUAAUAUGAAGACGCAAGUGCCAUUUUUUUUACUUUUGCAUUGACUUUAAUUGGAAAUGAGAGACCUUCUACCAUCUAUGUGUGAAUUCUUGCCAUUAGGUAAGGGUAUUGUUGCGCUCUAGAUGUUACGAAAAAUAACUAGGUGCGUGGACCCAAAAGAAGUAAGAUAUAAGGUAGGGGCAGGUUCGCACACUAAACACGAGCACAGAGAGCACUGAUGAUGGCAACAGCCUGAAACGUCUGCUCUACCCUGCUCUAAUAAAAAAAACUCCUUGUGCUUGACCUUUGUGUCUUGUUUAAUGUGCGAACCUGCUCCUACCUUAUAUCUGAAUUCUUGCCAUUCAAAUAUUAUGAGGACAUACUUUUCAAACCUGUAUAAAAAUGCUUUUUGCAAUGCAAUGCCCAAUAUAAAAACGUCCCAAGAUGUUCCAAGGUCAUUUUGCAACAAAGCUCUUAUGUUGUGGAAGAAAGGUAGCUUUAGACGAUUGAGGAGUGUGCUAUAGUUUCUUCCACAACAUCAUAAAGAGCUUUGUUGCAAAAUAACGCAUGUCCUUUUAGGAGCAUUUUGGGAAAUUUUAUAUAGGUUAAAAAUGUGGCAAGCAUGCAUAGCCUUCCGUAUUAAGUGUUUGUACUGUAUGCACAAUUUCAUUGCAUUUUUAAAGAAUAAAUAUUGAAUUCCGCCUGCGA